AAAAAAAACAGAUCAAUCAUCAUGCAUGUCCCUUCGCUCUCGUAAUCUUCCUUUUCCCCGGUUUCUCUAAUAUUUUCUCAAGAAAAAUUUAACUUUACAACUCUACCUCCAACCCAAUCCUUGUCCCAAACCCAGAUCCAAUUCUACUCCCAAAUUUUUUGCCACGACUUUCGUUUGCUUUAGAUUCUUCUCUCUCAAUUUUUUUCUCCUUAAAAAAAAAAAAACACUAAAAUAAUAAUAAAAAUUCCAUCUUUAUUCAUUUAUCCCCUUCCAAGUCCCAUCCUUGCCUCUCUUGAAACUUUCCUGGAUAAUGCGUUUUAAUGAUCCACACCUUUACUGACAAAUGGGUUUUGCUUCGUUUUUUAAGCAGCCUUAUGGUUCGUCUGUACAGUUGUAAGAUAGAUUAUAAAGGGGUUUCUUUUGAUGAAUAAUUUUGUUGGAUCUGAAACCAGGGAGUUUUGUUUGGUAAAUGAAUUGGAUUGUGAUAUAACAAAGUGAAAAAAAGGGGUGACAUUUCUUUCAAUCAUAUUGUUUGAUCCGGGUUAAGUAGAUCCAUGGAUCAAGUAAUUGGUGGCAAGUUUAAGCUGGGCCGGAAGAUCGGGAGUGGUUCGUUUGGGGAGCUUUAUUUAGGAAUAAAUGUGCAAAGUGGCGAGGAAGUUGCUGUUAAGCGGGAGUCUGUGAAGACCAAGCAUCCUCAGCUUCACUAUGAAUCCAAAUUGUACAUGCUGCUUCAAGGAGGAACGGGUAUACCCCAUCUCAAAUGGUUUGGAGUUGAGGGCGAAUAUAAUGUCAUGGUUAUUGACCUUCUUGGACCUAGCCUGGAAGACUUGUUUAAUUAUUGUAAUCGGAAAUUUACUUUGAAAACGGUCUUAAUGCUUGCAGAUCAGUUGAUAAACAGAGUUGAGUAUAUGCACUCUCGUGGUUUUCUUCAUCGUGAUAUAAAGCCUGACAACUUUUUAAUGGGUUUAGGGCGCAAAUCAAAUCAGGUGUACAUCAUUGAUUAUGGCCUUGCAAAGAAGUAUAGGGAUCUUCAAACACACAAGCAUAUACCUUACAGGGAGAAUAAGAAUCUCACGGGAACAGCUCGUUAUGCAAGUGUAAACACUCACCUUGGAGUUGAGCAAAGCAGAAGAGAUGAUCUGGAAUCUCUUGGUUAUGUGCUUAUGUAUUUUCUGCGGGGAAGCCUUCCAUGGCAGGGACUAAAAGCAGGUACCAAAAAGCAGAAAUACGAUAAGAUUAGUGAGAAAAAGAUGCUCACUCCUAUUGAGGUCCUUUGCAAAUCCUUUCCAUCAGAGUUCACAUCGUACUUCCAUUAUUGCCGGUCAUUGAGGUUUGAGGACAAACCGGAUUACUCAUAUUUGAAGAGGCUUUUUCGGGAUUUGUUUAUUCGAGAAGGUUAUCAGUUUGAUUAUGUGUUUGAUUGGACCAUUUUGAAGUAUCCACAGUCUGGCUCCAGUUCAGGCGCACGACCAAGUGGGAAACAAGCUUUGAAUGCUACAGGACCAUCAGCUGAGAGAUUAGAGAGGCCUUCAGUAGGGCAAGAGGUUCGAGAUAGAUUUUCUGGUGCAGUUGAAGCCUUUGUCAGACGGAAUGCCUCUGGGCAUGGUUUGCGUGGUGAUCACUCCAGGCACAGAUCUUCUGAAGAUGUGCCAUCGUCAAAGGAUAUGCAAGCUGAUUCUGAAAGAGCUCGCUCCUUAUCUCGAAAUGGGAGUUCUUCAAAGAGGGUUGUCUUAGGAAACAGUCGACCAAGCUCCUCUGGUGAACCUAGUGAGAAUCGGUCAAGCCGAUUGGUUUCAAGCAGUGGUCGGCUGUCUACGACUCAAAGGAUCCAACCUGGGGUUGAAUCUAAAUCAUCAUCUCUUUCUCGUACUGCAAACACAAGAAAUGGUCGUGAUGAUGUACUUCGGAGCUUCGAGCUCCUGACAACUGGCACAGGAAAGAGGAAAUAAAGAAACAUAUCCGUCUGGUAAGAAGAAUUGGUCUUGUGUUGAAAAUUUCAUUUAUGGCUCCUGUCAAAAAUCCAUUACUGUAAUGUUUUCACAGUUCUUUGUAUAUGCGUAUCCAUCACUCAGACUCCAAUAGCCAUAUAGCUUCACAAAUCCUAGCCCACAAAAAAAUCAGAUGGUUGGCUUCUCUGUGUAUCUUAUAAGGGAUUCUUGCCAGAUUCAUGCCAUUAUUAGACUCAUGAGAUGAAGAGAGAGUGAUUUCACUCUAGAGAAUUGUGCAUAAAUUGAAGCACUAGAAGUUGUAAUAGACCAACUCUGUUAAUCUUUUUGGGAAGAAGAAACUUUGUUGAAGAUA